AUGGAACAUGAGGUAGAAAGAGAGCGCACUUUUGAUUACCCUGUGUCAGCCAUAGGAGUGCCGGAUGCUGAAGUUUGUACUGCAUCAACGAAGGCUUGGCUUCCGGAUGUACAAGAUUGCGAUGAUGAAAGCGACAAAUGCACACUGAAAUUAAAACCUGAUGUCGAAACACAGCUGGAAAAAUUGUCUAUAUGGUUUGCUUGGAAUGCAGCUAGUGGCAUACGGUUUGUGAAAAUCCUCUUUACUGAUGGUACUUACGAUACAUUCGAACAGCUUUAUGCGCAUUGCGAUCAACCAUUAACCCUACGACUCACAUCUCCAAAACGUGUCAAAGAGGUCCAAAUUAGGACGAACAACCCAUUUGUAAGUAUUGAUGCUGUACAGUUCGUUUCGUUUCCUUUAAAUCCCUUGUGUUCGCAUUGUUCGCCGUAUCGUUACCGUAUCUAUCGUACACCACCAUUUCCAGAAGGUUUCAAAUCGACAACAAACUAUCAAAUAAUUGAUAGUACAGUUGAAGAGGGCAUCACUUAUACCUAUUCAAUAGCAGUAGAAAGUGGAGGAAUUGAAGGGUUACACUCGCCGAGUACCACGUAUUUUUAUAAUAUGAAUGUAUGCAGUGAUGGCAAACGAAGUACCGAUGAGGAAUGUGAUGAUGGAAAUUUAAAUGAUGGCGAUGCAUCUCCAAGUGUUUGUUAUAUUUACGAAGGAGAUGGUGAAUGUGAACCGUUUGAACGAGAUGGAUACAGUAGAGAUUGCAAAAGUAUUAGUGCAUCAACGCCUCAUUCACAUUAUUAUCCAACUUCCGUUUAUGUCUAUUCGACAAUAUUGCAGAGGAAUUGCUCAUUACAAUUGCUUUCCUCCGCUUCCUUAACUGAAGGCUGUAAUAUCAGAUCAUCUGGUUGGGGUGCGUGUUCACAACUUACGGAAACGGGAGAAGUUUCACUUUAUGCUUCAUUCCCAAGUGAAAUCUUUCCCACUAGUGUCCUGAUAGGCUUUGAGACAGUUCUGUCAAUUGGAUCAAAACCGGUUUUAUCCAUUAUUAGAGUCAAUUUGCAAUAUGUCAACAAAACGAUGAUAAGUUUGGAAGAAAAAGGAAUUCUGUCAUGUGCCCAGAAUCCUUUGGAAGUUGCGAUACCGUACACACUUGUUGACCGAUUGUCAAACGUGGAAGCUAUUCAUCUCUAUAUAUCAAAUCCAUCUCAAAUUGUUAUCACUGCCAUUGUUUUGCAAUCAUCAAGGAUGUUCGACUUGUUGACUCUUCAGAGUUGUGCAGCAGAAAACAAGUACUUCGAUCCGGUGGGUGGUUUUUGUGUGACAAAAGAUUGCCGAUCACUGAGUACUGCUUCAUGUACUCCAUUAAAUAUCCCAAAAUCACAGCGUGAGUGCCACGGUACAGUAUGUACGUAUACAUGCAAUGUCGGAUUUAUAUUCGAGAAUUCGCAAAAAACGGUAAUAGUACAAUGCUUAAAUGGACAAUGGAUUGGAAAUGUGAACUUGGCCUGCCAACCGAUUCACUGUGCAAUUCCGAAAAUUGAGCAUGCUGAGGUUGAUUGUCCAAACGGGAGGAAUUAUCGUGAUCGAUGUACAUUUCGGUGUGGAAAUAAUGCGAUAAUGAUUGGACAAAUAAAUUAUAUCAUUUGUGAAGAAAAUGGUUUAUGGACUGUACCAGAAGCAUUUUGUCAGAUUGUUUGUCCACGUGAAGGAUUAUUAGCGCGUAAUAUUUCGUAUGAUUCAAUCAAUUGCAAAGUAAAACGAAUUUAUGACACGCAUACUUUCUAUCCCGUAAACACCAUAUGCAAACUAAAUUGCCGCCGACAGUAUCGUUCAUCACAAAUGCAAUCAUUACAUACUAGGAUUCGUUUGGUUUGUUCGAAUGACGGUGUUUGGAUUGGUCCAACGUGUAUACCAAUUACUUGUCCAUCACUGAAAAUGGUAUAUAUCGCAUCGUAUAACUGUACAAAUGGUUUUGAGAUUGGUUCCAGUUGUCGGAUCCAGUGUCCUGGAACAACUCAGCAUAGGUACGCGGUAUGUAAGAAGGAUGGCACUUGGUCAAAUCGCUUCCAGUGUCUAUCACCACCAACAACUUGUCAUUCACCACCGAGCAUGCGAGAUAUUCUGUUUACAUGUCCAAGAAGAUUAAGCCCUGGUAUCAUGUGUGCGGUACAGUGUCGUAAGAAAGGUUAUGAUGCAGUGCUAGAAGACAUACAGUCCUUACAAAGCGGUGAAAAUUUACUGGUACUUCGUGCGGUACAUAAUAUAUCAUGCACCAUUUCGUCAACAUUUUAUCCUCAAGUGGAUUCUUUGAGUUGUGUACGUUCUUGUAAUAGGGAAUUCAUGGGUGAUGGUUGGUGUGAUUUUCAAAACAAUCGCGGUUAUUGUGACUGGGAUGGUGGUGACUGCUGCGCAAGUACAGUGCGUGGUGGACGUGUUCGUAUGAUGUUUCCCUCUCUAUGUACUUCGAUUCUUUGUCAAUGUAUUGAUCCAUUUGCCGCGGAGAACACGGCAUCUAGCCUUGGUACCGAUAGUCCCAGCAACGUGUUACGUGAGCGUAAAAACACAAUAAAACGUACAAUUCGAUACGGACAGCAUCACCCGAUCACUGAACCAAUACUGCAUGCAGUUGUUGGUGCUUCUCCAGAUAUGUUCACAAUUUCGUUAGGAGAUGCAGUUUUUCUUUCACAGAAUGACAUACAACUAGAUCGAAAUCGAUAUUCAAGUCAACAUCGACAACAUGACAAUAAAUCGAAAAGUAUAUCAUUAAAAAGCGCCAAAGACUGGGAAACAAUCGAACGAUCUGUGAAAAAUGCCUUGACGAAAAAAGGUGAUGGUAUGAUGAUCGACUCGGAAGAUGAGGAGUUGAUGGAAUUUCACUCCAGUGCAGGUACUAUUGAUUAUGAGAAUGAUCGACCAGGAUCUUCCAUGUCGGACACCACCUCGUCAAUACUUUGCCAAAGUUUGGGGAAUUUCGAUGGCAACAAUAAUGCUGAAGUGGAAGAUACUGUGCUGCCUAUUAUUGAUUUUGCAAGUCAAUCAAGGCUGAUGGCUAGGAUACGCGAUAAUAAACCGAAUCGGAAAGUUCCAUCUCGUUGGGAUGAUGACAAUGAUGAUGGCAUUUUGACUAAGGAUAUGAACGAUCCAAAAGAACAAGUGCUGACGGCAGCUGAAGAUGGUAAUUUGGAAUCGCUUAAGGAUUUGAUUGGCAAUAAUCCAUCACUGCUAUCGGCUCGCGAUGCGGAUGGGUAUACGGCAUUGCAUCGAGCUGCAUACAGUGGACAUACCGAUAUUGUCGGAUACCUGCUAUCAAUUGGAGCCAAUCCGGAAUGGAAUACGAAUGAUGGUUGGACAGUAUUACAUUGCGCAGCAACAUGGUCGAUGUUCGAAGUUGUAGCGUUGUUACUUCGUCAUGGCGUUGAUGUUAACAGUCGGUCGCAUGGCAAUCUUACGCCAUUACAUCUUGCGAUCACAUCAAAUCAGCCGGAGGAUCGUGUCAUUACAACGGUUCGCUAUCUUCUCGAAGCACCAGGUAUUGAUGCUGCAGCAAUAUCGAAUUGUGGUGAUUCACCCUUACGCGUCGCAGGAAGGACGUCGGCCAAAAUUACUGAAAUGCUAAUACGUUAUUUCAGUAAACCUUAA